AUGGACCUGGAGGCCCUGUGCGACGAGGUCUCGCAGCGCCAGUCCCUGCUCCAGCGCCGCCUGCACGGGGCGGCGGGGGGCGGUGACGAGCCGGCCCUGCUGCGAGGGGUGGUCUGCGACCAGAGGGCCCUGCUGACGGGCAUGCUGACGGCUGUCAGGUCCUCCAGAAUGGCGCAGGAGGCGCUGCACCAGGCCGACAUGCGCCGGCUGGUGCACGACCACCAGACGCAGCUUGCGGCCGCCAAGACGGAGUGGGAGCGGGCCCGUGUGGACAAGGAGGGGAGCGUGGAGGGGGAGCUGAGCACGCUGCGGGCCCGGGCCACGGCCCAGGAGGCGGAGCGGCAGGAGGCGGAGGCGGCCGCGGAGGCCCGGGCCUCCGACCUCCUCACCCAGGUGCGGGCGGCGCAGGCGGCCCUGGAGGCCGCGGAGGCGCGCGACCGCGCCCAGGCCCGGGAGCUGGAGGAGGCGGAGAGGGCUGCAGACCACUCUGUCGCCCAGGCCGAGGCCGAACAGGCGGCCGCGCGGGAGGCCGAGCUCCGGGGGGCGCUGUCGGCGCAGGUCGGCCUGGCGGCCAGCGCUGAGCUGCAGGAAAUAGCCGCAGAGCGCGAGCGGGAGCUGGCGCAGCUGCAGGCCGUCUUGUGCGGCGCAGAGCGCGAGGUGGCCGAGGCGCGGGAGAGAAGCGGGGAAGAGCUGUCUGCCGCCCUGGUCCAUGCCGCGGCCGAGAAGACGGAACUCGAGACCCGGCUGGCGGCUGCGGAGGCUGCCAGCCAGCAUGUGCGCGAUGGUGGCGGCGGUGAGCGGGCCAGGCUGGAGGAGCAGCGCCGAGCCACCGAGCAGGAGCGCAGCGACCUGACCCAGACCAUCGCAGCGCUGCGCCGCCAGCGGGACCACUUCAGCGCCCAGCAGACGGAGUACAAGGUGCAGCGGGGAGAGGCACGAGAGCGCCUCAUGCGUCAGUACUUCCCGGGCAUGGGGGCCGGGACCCUGCUGGAGAGGGCACUGGCUCGCAAGGUGGAUGCCGCUGCGCAAGAGCUGGACGCCCUCGUGGUGCCGGUCCAGAUCCCUGCCGGCGGGGUUUGA